UGAACGAUUCAAAUCCGCACAAACCUCCCUCAGCGCACUGCUCUUCUGAUCUCGUUUGGGUUGAUUUUUUUUUCUUCUAUGCAACAAGAACCUUUUUUUUUUCUUUCUUUUUUUUGUAAAAAGUGGGUUAAACUGCCUUUGAAUGAGGUGUCUUUCCCGUUUUGGUGAACUCAGACAGUGAGCGAGUGAGUGACAGAUAAACGCGUAUUUAAUCCGCUGGCAGAUGUGCGCUUCCAUCAGAGCUCCGGCACAAGAUUUAAUCAUUUCCUCGGUGUACCAAAAGAGUAAAGACGUUGUCGAGGUCGGCAGCAGCGAGAUUUGAAGUUAAUCUUCACAAACGGAUCCAUGUUUGCGGAUCAGAGAGUCACCAGUGGCCUCAUUUGGAGUCGCUCGGUUCCUCGCAGCGCCAGAAUGUCCUGAAGCACCCCGGGAAAGGAUGCUCAUUCUCGGCCACUUGUUCUGGAAAGUGAUGCCCAGUUAGCACCAGGAUGAGUGACUCCCAUGAGCACCAGUGCGAGUGAGUGGAAAGACAUGCUGCUCGGAUGGGAUUUGUUCCUGUAUGGAUACAGAAGGAAGACGGAUAUGGAUGUUAAAUGUUCCUCCCGCAGGUGUGCGCUGCUGAAGCGGACAGGUGUGAGUUUCAUCCUGCUGUGUCUGAUGGCGGAGGUCGGUCUCAGCGCGCAGCAGGUCCUCAGAAUCGGUGGGAUUUUCGAGACGCUCGAGAAUGAACCGAUUAGCGUGGAGGAACUUGCCUUCAAAUUCGCUGUGACCAACAUUAACAGAAACAGGACUUUAAUGCCCAACACGACCCUGACCUACGACAUCCAGAGAAUCAACCUUUUUGACAGCUUCGAGGCCUCCAGACGAGCCUGUGAUCAGCUGGCUCUCGGUGUGGCCGCAGUGUUCGGGCCGUCCCACAGUUCUUCAGUGAGUGCGGUUCAGUCCAUCUGCAAUGCGCUGGAGGUUCCUCACAUCCAGACCCGCUGGAAACACCCGUCCGUGGACAACAAAGACAGCUUUUACAUCAACCUGUACCCGGAUUACGCCUCCAUCAGCCGCGCCGUGCUGGACAUCGUGCAGUUCUACAAGUGGAAAGCCGUGACGGUGGUUUACGAGGACGCUACAGGGCUCAUUCGUCUUCAGGAGCUGAUCAAGGCUCCGUCCCGGUACAGUAUCAAGAUCAAAAUCCGCCAGUUACCGACGGGCAGUAAAGACGCUCGGCCGCUUCUGAAAGAGAUGAAGAAGGGGAAGGAGUUUUGUGUCAUCUUUGACUGCUCGUAUCAAACGGCAGCAGACGUCCUCAAACAGCUGUUGUCAAUGGGCAUGAUGACCGAAUACUACCACUUCUUCUUUACCACUCUGGAUCUGUAUUCGCUGGACCUGGAGCCGUUUCGAUACAGUGGUGUGAACAUGACUGGUUUCCGUCUGCUCAACAUCGACAAUCCUCAGGUGGCGUCAGUGGUGGAGAAAUGGUCCAUGGAGAGACUGCAGGCUCCACCCAAACCUGAGACCGGCCUGCAGGAUGGAAUGAUGACAACUGAAGCAGCUCUGAUGUAUGACGCAGUGUAUAUGGUGGCGGCUGCGUCUCAACGAGCGUCUCAGAUCACCGUCAGCUCACUGCAGUGUCACAGACACAAACCCUGGCGAUUCGGCUCGCGAUUCAUCAGCAUGUUUAAAGAGGCUCAGUGGAACGGUCUGACCGGUCAGAUCAUCAUCAACAAAACAGACGGCCUGAGGAAAGACUUCGACCUGGACAUCAUCAGCCUGAAAGAGGACGGUUUGGAGAAGCCGUUGGAGAGCGGCCGUUUUAACAAAGUGUGGAAGAAGAUUGGAGUGUGGAACUCAAACACGGGUCUGAAUCUGACAGACAGCAACAAGGACAAAAACACCAACGUGACCGAUUCCAUGGCCAACCGAACGCUCAUCGUCACCACAAUCCUGGAAAACCCGUAUGUGAUGUACAAGAAGUCGGAUAAGCCAUUGUAUGGGAACGACCGCUUCGAGGGCUACUGUCUGGACCUGCUGAAGGAGCUCUCCAACAUCCUGGGCUUCUCUUACGAGGUCAAACUCGUGACCGACGGAAAAUACGGAGCCCAGAACGAUAAAGGAGAGUGGAAUGGCAUGGUCCGAGAGCUCAUCGAUCAUGUGGCAGAUCUGGCCGUGGCUCCGCUCACCAUCACUUACGUUCGAGAGAAAGUCAUCGAUUUCUCCAAGCCCUUCAUGACUCUGGGGAUCUCCAUUCUCUACCACAAACCCAACGGCACCAAUCCAGGCGUUUUCUCCUUCCUGAACCCGCUUUCUCCAGACAUCUGGAUGUAUGUUCUUCUGGCCUGCCUCGGGGUCAGCUGUGUGCUCUUCGUCAUCGCCAGGUUUACUCCGUACGAGUGGUAUAAUCCUCAUCCGUGUAACCCAGACUCAGAUGUGGUGGAGAAUAACUUUACCCUGAUCAACAGUGUGUGGUUCGGUGUUGGAGCUCUGAUGCAGCAAGGAUCGGAGCUGAUGCCCAAGGCUUUAUCCACAAGGAUUGUGGGAGGAAUCUGGUGGUUCUUCACCCUCAUCAUCAUCUCCUCAUACACUGCAAACCUCGCUGCUUUCCUGACCGUGGAGAGAAUGGACUCUCCCAUCGACUCUGCUGAUGACCUGGCCAAGCAGACCAAGAUUGAGUAUGGCGCUGUGAGGGACGGAUCCACCAUGACCUUCUUUAAGAAGUCGAAGAUCUCUACAUAUGAGAAGAUGUGGGCGUUCAUGAGCAGCCGGAAGAACACAGCGUUGGUGAAGAACAACCGCGAAGGCAUCCAGCGGGUCUUGACCACUGAUUACGCUCUCCUGAUGGAGUCCACCAGCAUCGAGUACAUCAGCCAGAGGAACUGCAACCUCACGCAGAUCGGGGGACUCAUCGACUCUAAGGGAUAUGGCGUCGGCACUCCCAUCGGCUCUCCGUACCGUGACAAGGUGACGAUCGCCAUCCUUCAGCUGCAGGAGGAAGGAAAGCUGCACAUGAUGAAGGAGAAAUGGUGGAGAGGAAACGGCUGUCCUGAGGAGGACAGUAAAGAAGCCAGCGCUCUCGGUGUGGAGAAUAUCGGAGGAAUCUUUAUCGUGCUGGCGGCUGGACUCGUGCUCUCCGUCUUCGUGGCAAUCGGAGAAUUCAUCUACAAGUCCAGAAAAAACCUGGACAUCGAGGAGGUGAGCGUCGGACAGUGCGAAUGGCACAACAAAUACUGACAAAAACUACUUGACUUCUCGGCGCUCUGAAACACGGAUUUUACAGUACCUGCGCCAUUAUAUAGGGGGCGAUGUUGGACAGCGAGCAAAAUUUUGCGUUUUAUUUUCACCGUUUUUAUGUCAGAUGGAUUUUUGGCGAUGUUGGACAGCGAGCAAAAUUUGACGUUUUUUUUUUCACAGUUUUCAUGUAAUGUGGAUUGCGGUGAUGUUGGACAGCCAGCAAAAUUUGACGUUUUUCAUGUUUUUCACGGAUUUCUGAGGUGAAAGACGAGAUGAAGACAGGAGUGUUUGUUUGCAGUUCGACCAUUUACUCAAGUUACUAUUUACUAGAGUAGUUCACAUCCAUGUUGUUUGUAUUUUGAUCAUAUGGGCGUUAUUUUUCAAUUUAAUUUAUGAUAAGACAUGUCUGGUUAUGCAUACAUUUUUUUCAGGCUAAAAUGAGGAUUUGAAGCUUCAUUCAUUCAUUCAUUCAUUUAUGGGUUGGUUGUCUUGUGGUUACUGAGAAACCUUCGAUUUUAUUCUGGAAUGCAGGAAUUAUGUUUUACUUUUAGGCUUAUUUUGACCAUCUUAGCCUUUCUCUCUUAAAAUUACUUGGUUUAUUAGCAAUUGUUGGCAAGAAAUACUGACACUGAUUUCCGGAAAUACUGAUUUCCGAACUAUUUUUAUGCCUCAACCCUCUGAAACACAGACUCUGCAAUUCCUUCGCCGUUUUAUAGGGGGCGAUGUUGGACAGUGAGCAAAAUGUUUCGUUUUUUCUUUUCUUCCAUUUUUCCAUCUCAGACAGAUUUCUGAUGUGAAAGAUCAGGUGAAGACACGACUGUUGGUUGGCAAUUCGACUAUUACGCAGGUUACUAUUUACUAGAGUAGUUCACAUCCAUGUUGUUUGUAUUUUUAUCAUACGAACGUUCCUUCUUAUUGUAAUUUAUGAUAAGAUAAAAGGUGAUUUUGUUUCCAUGUUAAAA